UAUAGUGAAUUGUAAAGUGGGGUCGCGUCACGUUGAACGUGUCCACAACGUGCUGUGUAUCAACCAAGUUCCGAUCGUAUUCACCACUUUCCUUAUAAUAUUUUUUGUAUAGUACUGCAUUCUAAUCGGAUUUUUUUAUAAUUUUAAUCGAACACUAGUAAUUUAAUCGAAACAUAUGUUUGAAUAAUUUAACCUGAUAAAGUUAUGUGACCAUAUUCAUAGUGCGUUUAUUUAAGUUGCGUGUUAUCGGCAAAUGUGUGGCGGUUAACCAUUAUUAGACAUUAUUAUCAGUAUCCUAUGGUUAUUUUAUGUUGUUCCACCUCGCACGUGGUGUUUUCAGUGGCAUACUGAGCGAUAUGAUGCAAUGUCCGCAUAGCGGAGGCUCAGAAUUUCGGCUGUUGAAUUUUAAUAUGACUGAUAUUGUAUUUUCGAGCUAAAAAUUUAAAUUAUUAUUCAAUUUUAAGUAUACACUAAUUUAUUAAUUUAAUUUAUAAUAAUAAUCAAGUAAUAAAAAUGGCAAAAGUAUCAGCGAGCGAAGGUUUGCAACCGAAGGAGAUCGAUGUUGGGGAUGAUGUAAACGAUGAGAAGGGAUCGAGUGAACGGGUUCGUUUGAAGAAGGAGUUGAGUUUAUUGAAUGGGGUAGCUAUUAUAGUAGGAGUGAUAGUAGGCUCUGGUAUCUUCGUAUCUCCCAGCUUGGCUCUAAAGAACGCGGGCUCAAAGGGCAUGGCUCUCAUCAUCUGGGUACUGUCAGGAUUCCUAUCAAUGAUUGGAGCUCUGUGCUACGCUGAACUAGGUACAAUGAUUCCGAAGUCUGGUGGAGAUUACGCGUACAUAGGGGAAGCGUUCGGACCACUACCCGCAUUUCUGUAUCUUUGGGUAGCGCUGUUCAUCCUGGUGCCCACCGGCAACGCGAUCACGGCAUUGACCUUCGCGCAGAACAUCCUGCAGCCGCUGUGGCCUGCCUGCCAACCACCCACAGACGCUGUCAGUUUAAUAGCAGCCGUUGUCACUUGUUUUCUCACAGCAAUAAAUUGUUACAACGUGAAAUGGGUAACCAGGGUACAAGAUACCUUCACAGCUGCCAAAAUCCUCGCAUUGCUCGUCACAUUUUUCGCCAGUCUCUGGUAUCUAUUUUCUGGCCACACGGAGAACCUUGAGAAUAUGAUGCAAGGCACGAAAACGGCACCAGGGGACAUAGCUAUCGCGUUUUACACUGGCCUUUUCUCGUAUUCUGGCUGGAAUUAUCUAAAUUUCGUUACUGAAGAACUUAAGGAACCAUAUAAAAAUUUACCACGAGCUAUCUGUAUAUCGAUGCCAGUAGUUACCGUGGUGUAUGCGCUCACAAACGUGGCGUACUUCGCGGUGCUCACAAACGCAGAAAUACACGCCUCCGAAGCCGUCGCAGUCACCUUUAGCGAGAAGAUCCUCGGCGUCGUAUCCUGGAUAAUGCCACUUUUCGUUGCCCUGUGUACGUUCGGUUCACUGAACGGCGCUAUCUACGCGUCCUCGCGAUUGUUCUUCGUCGGUGCUCGGAACGGUCAUCUACCACUAGUUAUAUCUCUGAUAGAUGUUAGGAGGCUGACCCCAGUGCCGUCGUUAAUAUUUAUGUGUUUGGUAACUCUGGUGCUACUAAUGUACAACAACGUGGAAUCGCUGAUGAUCUACGUGACGGCGGUGGAGGCCAUCUUUAUACUUUGCUCAGUCGCCGGUCUGCUUUGGAUGCGGUACACGCGGCCGGAGUUAGAUCGGCCUAUUCGAGUCAGCCUCGUCUUUCCGAUGAUCUUUCUCGUAGUCUGCACAUUCCUUGUCGUCUUCUCCUGUUUUAAUAACCCAAUGGAAGUCGGCAUUGGAGUCGCGUUCAUCGCUAUUGGAGUACCUUUCUUUUACGUAUUUAUUGUUUGGAAAGAUAAAUUGACGUGGAUGCAAUCAGCUUGUAAUUCUUUCAAUCUUACUUGUUCCAAGGUGUUCCUCUGCCUUCCAGAAGAUUCUAAGGAAUUAUGAUCGUGAACGAGUGAGAAAUGAUCUGAUAUUUUUGUUAAUUAUUUGCGCUGUGUUUUAUAAGCGUGAUACAUUUGAUCUGCGUUGCAUAAUGUUAGUGUUCGAUU